AUGGGCCCCGGGGACUUCCGCCGCUUCAGAGAGAGAAUUUCCCAGGGUCUCCAGGGACUCCCAGGUAGAGCAGAGCUUUGGUUCCCACCUCGUCCCGCGUGCGGCUUCCCCGGGGACGGCAGGAGCACGGACGUCCAGGAGGAGGCCCUCGCCGCCAACCCGCUGCUGGAGGACCUCAGACGACGGCUGACUCGCGCCUUCCAGUGGGCGGUGCAGCGCGGGACCUCGAGGCGCGCGCGGGAGGCGGCGGCAGCGGCGGCGGCACGGGAGGAGCAGAGCUGGGCGCGCGUCGAGGCCACCCUGGCCGGGCUGCGGGCGGAGCUGGUGGAAAUGCAUUUCCAAAACCACCAGCUGGCUAGAACUUUACUGGACCUAAACAUGAAAGUGCAGCAAUUGAAAAAGGAGUAUGAACUGGAAAUUACAUCAGACUCUCAAAGCCCAAAAGAUGAUGCUGCGAAUCUGGAAUAAAGAAAUGCAUACAAGAAGCUCUUGAUCCUAAAACUAACACAACCCUGAAACAAUUCUGAUGAACACAUUAUGCUUUGUAUAAGUUUUGAGGGGCAAUUUACAGACCCAAAACUUAGAUGACAGGGGAAAGUGACAGAAAAACAUCUAAGAGAGGGGAGACAAAAAUGAUGUAUUACCAAGUUUUAAAGUUAUUUGUUUUGACUGGGACAUAGAAGUAAAAUGUAACCAUAAAUCUCUCUCUCUCUCGCAAAGAAUGCUUUAAUGCCAACUUUCGUUAUUCCACCUUGUGUCACCUGACCUUUCUGACAUUGCCUGAGCUUUCAGAGUUCGUGCUUGUUUUGCUUUACUUGAUUAUUCUCGGUUUGUCUGUCCAGUGGCCUGCCCUGCUUUUUGUGGAUAAUUAUUUCUACUUGGAUUCUAAUCAUGCCGUUUAGGUGGUCUGUGACCAGGGGUACUCCACCUUCCUGCCUAUAGUCAUGCAGCUCAAGGCAGGCCGAUGGGUUUGUCGUUAGGAUUUUUUGAAUGGGCACUAAAAGAGUAGAUGAGUAUUUCUGCCAGUAGAAGCCGUGGAUCAGGGGCUUGGAAGCUGCUGGUGGUCACCAUCUGAGAAAGCCCACACCCUAAUGGAGGUGACUGAAAUGGAACCACUAA